UCCACAAAUAAUGAUUAAUUUUUUUUUCUAAAUUUCAUAUGAUAUGUUUCUUUUUCUUGCCUUAUUACAGGUUGUUAACACAAGAAAUCAUUUUUAUCUUCAGGUAAAACCACGCUUUCUUUCAAUGUGAGUAUUUGUGGCUCUGUAUCAACACAUCCAUCACUAUCUUUUAACAAAAAAACAAUGGCAUUACUCAUUUGCAAAUGGAAUUUGAAUACCUUGGAAACAAGAGAACACUUUCUUACUGGAGAGAUUUCCUUGUAGAUUUUUCUGCAUCUCCUUUGCCUUUACUCCAGUUUAAGCCAAGAUAAUCUCUUGUCUAGGUGAUCGGAAUAACUUUUUCACUGAUCAGCCCCACUUAAGAUCUUUCUUACCAAUUACUGUCCAUGCUGUGGCUAGUAUGAUCUUUCAAACAUGAGUCAGUCUGUAGCAUCUUCUCAUUGAUGUUAGAAUGCCAGGAUGAAGUUCAUACUCCCCAAACCAGCUCAUAAGGAUUCCAUGAGCCACCUUGGUGCACCUCUCCAUCCCCAUCUCCAAACACUCUACCUCCAUCUUUUGCCUGCUAAGUCCCAGAUGCAGUGAAAUUAUCUCACCACUUCAAUGUGUCAUGCUUUCUCUCGCCCGUCAGCUUUCAUAUGUUUUUCUCCAUAGUAAGAAUACUCAUCCCACUCCCUGUUCUGAUGAAUUUUUAGCUUCAGGUAUCUGUUUAAACAUCCUUCCUUAGGAAGACCUUUCCUGACCCUAAUCUUGGUGGGACUAAUUUUCUCUUUUCUUUUUAUUUCACUUAAAGCAUUUAACAUGAGAUUAUUUUGCAUACUUAUGAUGAGAUCUUUUGUCUAUUUUUACAGGGGGGAUGGAUACUGAUGCACAUAUUUUAAGAGGAGAUUUAUGGUCCUCUUUCAUUCACUCUGAAUACCUGUCCUUUUGUUGAUGUUAAUUCAUAAUUCUCAACUCUAUUUAUUACUUCAAUUGAGGCCUGUUUAAUGAGAAGUUCCCCUUAAAUUUUUGGUAGCAACAGCAAGGACCAAGCUGCCACAAUUUUUGAAUGGAGAUUUUUCACCGGAACUUUUCAAACAUUUUUUCACUUGUUAGAAGAAUAAGAAUAGUAUCUUCCAGAGUAAGAUAGACCAUGAUAUGACUUUAAAAAUAAUAGCAUAUCCCUAUAGUAUUGUUUCAGUAUUUUUCAUAAGAAAUAAAGAAAAUAAGUAAGAAAAUUGAAAUUCAAUGCAAACAGCGUUAAAGGGUCCACCCAACAAUGGCGAGCUCUGGCUGAGGAUAUACUCAAAUUCUUGGCUUAGGAGGCCCUAAAUGAUCUGAACUCUAUGAAUAUUGAGAACAUGGAGCUUCUGCACUAACUCCAUCACAUGUACUUGUGUUCAAUCUCUUGUAGCUCCAAAAUACACUUUUAAAAACUCCUUAGAACUAUCGAUUCUGCAUGUAUUGCCCAUUUCAGUCCGUCUCUUCACAUGCAAACCUCUUCAAAGAGUUGUCUACAUCCACUUUCUCCCUUUCCUUUCAACCCACUUACUCCUUACUUGCUGCAUUCAAGAUUCUCUUCCCACAAGCCUUUCUCAAGGUAUCAAGUGAAUUUUUUUACUUCCAGCCCUACAGUGCUUGAUCUCCCAGCAGCCUUCUGUACUGCUUUCCACUCCUUCUUCCCAGUGUAGUUUCUUCCUUUGACUGUUGUAGCAGUAUCUCAGCCAAAUUUCCUCAUACUUCAUUGGCUCUUCCAGUUGUUUUGAGUAAUAAUAAUGAACACUAACAUUCACUGGAGAAUUGCUAAUAUCUCAUUUUAUUUUUCAUCAAACUGAGGUUAAGCCUAGUUGUACCAUGAACAAAUAGUUGGACCCCAGUUUGGACACAAAUGUUUCCUGACAGAGCCCCACAUUUAAAGAACCACCGUACGUUGUCCCAUUUCUGGGGGGACAAGUGAGCUAUGAUUAGUGGAUCAAAGAAGAAAGGGUUAGUUUGAAAGGAAAGGAGAGCUAAGAUGCAAUGGAAGGGGUUCAAAUUCAAGACCGAGGAGUUAGGUCCUUCCUUGGUCCUUGAAGAGUCAUCCUCAGAGCUACAUCAUCCACGCAUCCACGAGGCUGCAGCUUCCCCACCAGACCACGAGAGGGCAGCAUCAAGCAGCAAGAGGCUUCACCGUGUGCUUCCCCACCACCCUUGGAUAGGGAAUUUGGGAGCCUGAGCAAGAUUAUCAGUGGCUGUGCGCUUUCUGGUGCAUGCUGUUGCCUCCGUUCAGUUGCUCCUUUUUUUCCAGCACAGAUCAUCCCUUCUCUAUCCACCCCAUGGCACUUGCCUUCCCUUCAGUCUCCUGAGCCUUAGGAUAAAUGGUAAUAGAGCGAAGCUACUUUGGGUAGGAGUUUAGGGCGCAGUUUUCCUUGGCUGCCUGAGUGGAGUGCGGCUUCUUAAGGAGCCCCGAGGAAUUCAUCCUUUAUCAUCCCUCACGCUCCCCAGAGCCCCGGAGAAAUUAUAUUUGCGCGGUGGCCUUGGGCGGAGGCACUAUUGGUGAGUGAGCCAGGGGCAGCCCAGAGCGGGGAGCUAGACCAGGAGAUCCAGCCACAAUUCAUUGCUGGGGGAAGCCGGCCUCUGCUCAGCUCGCUUGGCCGCUUGGAGAGGUCUGUCUGCGCGCGCACUUCCCGGAUUACAGCGGCCCGGGCUCCCAGACCUUGUUCGGUGAUCUACCCAGAGAGGAUUUUCUUCAAACACUGUGAGGCCCAUUCCAAAAUUUGUCUAUCGCUUGAGCCAGGAAGGAAUCCCCGGUUCCAGCCUCCUACACUUCACUGAAGAAACAAGGCAAGGGGAAUGAAUUUAUCCAAGGAAAUUACGUGUGUGGGACAAAUACAUGUGUGGUGGUGGUGAUUAGUAAUGAAAAAGGAAGUUGAGAAGCUGCGCUGUAAAGUGAAGUCGGAGCCACCCAGUAAAGGGCCUUGAAUGCAGCCCAAGUGGUUUCAACUUAGAGGGCUAUGGGAGCCACCAGUAACUUGCUAGACAGAGCCUGACAUGUCUGGUUUUGCUGUUUAGAUGGCAGUGAUGCAGAAGGUAGAUUGAAAUAUCUGGGUGUAGAGGCAGGGGGGUGAGUUAGAAAGUUCAUUUCAUAAGAGCAGAGUGGAUGAUAUAAUGAGGUUGGGAGGGAAGGCGGGUGUAUUAAAUAAGAGGAGAGGUCAUCAUAGAGUAGUUGGAAAAGUAAAAUCACGUGUGGAGGUAAAAGAAGGAAAAAUAAAGAUGGGAGUAGCUGCCCUGAACUGGAUUUGGAAGAGGUUCUAUUUGGGACGAGAUGAGCGUAAGCCCAUAGGCUAUCCAAGUAGAAAUAUGAGGAGGCAGCAGGUUAUAGGGUUGGUUCUCAGGACAGAAGCUUAGCAUAGGGUUGUAUGUGAGAGAAAGGAAGUUGAGCCUGGUGGUUAUGUGAUCACCAGGGAGAGGAGUGGCAGAAAGGGGGGAUGUGCCUGUGUUCACCCCCUAGCACCAGCAGCAGCAUGGACUGCUUUUCUUUCCACGUCUCAGCUGCAUCUGGUUUCCGUGUCAUACCCCACCCAAGCACAAUCUGGGACUGACUGUCAUGCAGGUGUCCAGAGAUCCUGAUGAAAAAUUCUGUUCUAUUCUUUGUUGGGGGCUGAAAAUGAUAAUCUUUCUUUAGCCCCAUCUCCCUACCUCCCAGAACACCAGAACUGCUUUCCACAAAUUUCUUUGAUUAAAACAAAAAUCACCAGGGGAGAAGGGAUACUGUCCUUAAUCAGAUUCCUCGACUUCCUGCCCUGGAAAUUCUGAUUCUCUGGGCCUGGAGUGAGACGUGGGGGAUCGUCUUCUCAAUAACUGCUUCAGAUGAGUCUAUCAGGGAAGUUUGAGAAAUGCCUCUCAGGCCUAAACACAAGUCUGUCUCUUGAAGCCAGUACCAGACUGAACCCCUGCUUUCUGCCAUAAAUCAGACUAGGGUGGGUCUUAAAGGCAACUGCAGGCUAAGCCUCACACUCAGGACCCACACCAACCGUAACCUCAGGUGCACUAGAAGAGCUAGGGUCAGUGUGGAACCUUCUGGGCAGGUCUGCUGUGUUGGAGAAGUAGUUAAGAGCAGUGUCCCAGUCCACAGCUUUCGCUCUGGCAAAGAAGAGCUGUUGCAUGUUUUCUGAGUGGGCCGUCACACACUGACACUAAUGGGAUCUCCAGGGAAGUGAGUAUAAAGAGAAUCAGAGCACAGAGAGGCUGGAGUUCAGAAUUGCAAGUAUUUAAUCUGCUGUUUGCUACCAUCAUGACUCCAGUGCCCUUCCUUGUAAGUCCUUUCUCUCCUCUGAGUUAUGACUUAAUGCUGUUUCUUCUUUUCCCUGAUGUAGACCUUGGACCUGGCAUGCAGAAGCCUCAGCUCUUGGUUCCUGUCAUGGCCACUCCAAAUGGAACUCUGGUCCAUCCAGCAUACUUCCUGCUGGUGGGAAUCCCUGGCCUGGGGCCUGACAUACACUUUUGGCUGGCUUUCCCCCUGUGCUUUAUGUAUGCCAUGGCCACCCUGGGAAACCUGGCCAUUGUCCUCAUCAUCCGUGUGGAAAGGCGUCUGCAUGAGCCCAUGUACCUCUUCCUGGCCAUGCUUUCCACUAUUGACCUAGUCCUGUCUUCUGUCACCAUGCCCAAGAUGGCCAGCCUCUUCCUGACAGGCAUCCAGGAGAUAGGAUUCAAUGUUUGUCUGGCCCAGAUGUUCCUUAUCCAUGCUCUGUCAGCCAUGGAGUCAGCUGUCCUGCUGGCUAUGGCUUUUGACCGCUUUGUGGCCAUCUGUCAUCCACUGCGGCAUGCUUCUGUGCUCACAGGGCCUACUGUGGCCAAGAUUGGACUAGCUGCCCUGACCAGGGGAUUUGUUUUCUUCUUCCCUCUGCCCUUCAUCCUGAAGCGGUUGUCAUACUGCCAAACACAUAUGGUCACACACUCCUUCUGUCUGCACCAAGAUAUUAUGAAGUUGUCCUGUUCUGACACCAGGGUCAAUGUAGUAUAUGGACUCUUCAUUAUCCUCUCAGUCAUGGGUGUGGACUCCCUCUUCAUUGGCUUCUCCUACAUUCUUAUCCUGAAGACUGUGUUGGAGCUGGCUUCUCAGGGGGCAGCACUCAAGGCUUUCAAUACCUGCAUCUCCCAUCUCUGUGCUGUCCUGGUCUUCUAUGUGCCCCUCAUUGGGCUCUCAGUGGUGCACAGGCUGGGGGGCCCUACCUCCCUGCUCCAUGUGAUUAUGGCUAAUAUCUAUUUGCUACUACCACCUGUGGUCAACCCUGUUGUCUAUGGAGCCAAAACCAAGGAGAUCCGUUCACGGGUCCUCCAUAUGUUCUUACAGGGUGGCAGGUGAGCAGAAUAACCUCCUUAGGGCCUUCAAUCCCUGCCAAAUCUGUGAGGAUUAGGAUCUUGUUGAAUGUCUCCGUGAUUGGAGCAUCCAACCCAUCGGGCUGUCAGCUUCUAGAUAUCUAACUAGAUCUUGGAUUCCUGUUUCCAGGAAAUGUGUUGAUUCAGAAGUGUGGUUCUGAGGAAGUUUUGUUCAGGCUGAACAAGCAUCCCCAAGCAAAGGGUGCUCCUUGGGAGACUCUGACAUUGGCAGGAAUGAGUCAGUACUAAGUCAUUUGCUGGGAGUAGCCUGUACAAGUGUGACCUUUCUGCUGACAUGGUGGUAGAGCCAGAGAGGCAGCAGCCAGCACUGUUAAUCAGCUGUGCCCCCAGCAGCAGGCUUUUGUGAAGGAGAUUUGAACGUCACACCUCCAUGGCUGCCAUAGCAUCUGACCUUGGACAUUUCAACCAUGUAAGACCUGUGGUACAGGAACUUAGGUGUUUUCUGCCUCCAGCCCUCAGCUGUAUUUAGUUUAAUGUUUAAUAGUUUAGCGAUGUGUAAUUGAUAUACAAUAAAUGGCACACAUUUAAAGUAUACAGUUUGAGGGGCAUCUGGGUGGCUUAGUUGGUUAAGGUCAGUUAAGUGUCCGACUUCGUUUUGGCUCUUGGUUUCAGCUUAGGUCAUGAUCUCACAGUUUGUGAGCACAGAGCCUGCUUGGGAUUCUCUCUCUCCCUCUCUCUCUGCCCUUCCCCUGCUCACUCUCUCUGUCUGUCUGUCUGUCUCUCUCUCUCAAAAUAAAUAAACUUACAAAAUUUAAAAAGUGUACAGUUUGAUAAGUUUUGACAUGUACACACCCAUAAAACCACACCACAGUCAAGAGAGUGAACAUACUCAUCACCCCCAAAAGUUUCCUUAUACCCCUUUUAAAAUCCUUCAUUCCCAUCUCUCCUGGUCACUCCCUGCUCCAGUUCCCAGGCAACCACUGAAAUGCUUUAUGCUACAUUAGUUUGCAUUUUCUAGAGUUUUAUAUAAAUAGAAUCAUACAAUAUGUACUCCUUUUCUUGCCUGGCUUAUUUUACUCAGCACAAUUAUUUUGAGAUUCAUCCAUGUUGCAGCAUGUAUAAGUAACUUAAUUCUUUUAACUGCUAGGUAACAUUCUAUUAUAUAAUUAUGCCAUAGUUUGUUUAUCCAUUCACCUGUUGGACAUUUAGGAUGUUUCCAGAAUUGGAAACAAAUACAGCUGCUAUGAACAUAUAAGUCUUUGUAUGGACAUGUGGUUUUUUUUCCCUCCUGUGUAAAUAUUUAGGAAUGAAAUGGCUAGAUCAUACUGGAGGUAUAUAUUUAACUUUUUAACUGCCAAACUGUCUUCCAGAAUGGUUGUACCAUUUUACAUUUCCACUAAUAGUGUAUGGGAGUGAUACUUUUUUGGCAUCUUAGCCUACAUUUGGUGUAGUCUGUAUUUUUUAUUUUAGCCAUUUUAGUAGAUUUGUAGUAGUAUCUCAUUGUGACUCAAUUUGUAUUACC